AUGGCUAAGCUAGCUCUGCCAGGUCCUGUUAUUUCUCUCCUGCUUCUGUUCUUCUUCUCGGGGGAGAUUUCGAUGUUGGUGAAUGGACAGAAAGCUUGGUGUGUGGCAAAGCCUGCAGCACCACAACAUGCACUGCAGUCAGCUCUGGACUAUGCCUGUAACUAUGCGGAUUGCAGCCCUACAAAGAAAGGAGGUUCUUGCUAUGACCCGGAUAGGCCAGUGCCAGCCUCAUUUGCCAUGAAUGCUUACUACCAGAAGAUGGGAAGAAACCAAUGGAAUUGUCAUUUGAACAAUACUAGUCUCAUUUCCUUGGCAGAUCCAAGUUACAAUCCCUGCUGCCAAUUUGUGAGUGGAGGAUCUGGACCUCCACUGCCACAGGAAAAGGAGGAUACUUGGUGUGUGCCUAAGCCAGGAACCCCAGACUCUGCAUUACAGAACAUCAUAAACUUCACUUGUGGAAUAUUAAAAGAAUGCAGUGAAAUACAAGAACAUGGUUCAUGCUACUUUCCAAAUACCCUCAUAAACCAUGCCUCAUUUGCCAUGAAUCUUUACUCUAAGACCGAUGGACGCUACAAUUGUGAUUUCAAUGGCGUUGGCCUUAUCGUUGUCGCUAAUCCAAGUUUUGGUGAUUGUAUCUAUGUCUGA